AUGGAAAAUUAUAACCAAACAUCAACUGAUUUCACCUUAUUAGGGUUGUUACCACCCUCAAGAAUUGGUCUGUUCCUCUUUGCUAUCAUCUUCCUCAUUUUCCUAUUAGCUAUGAUUGGCAACCUGGCCAUGAUCCUCCUCAUCCUAGUAGACACACAUCUCCACACUCCCAUGUAUAUCUUACUUAGUCAGCUUUCCUUCAUGGACCUGAAUUACAUCUCCACUAUUGUCCCCAAGAUGGCCUACAACUUCCUGCUUGGAAACAAGUCAAUUUCCUUCAUUGGAUGUGGGAUCCAGACUUUCUUCUUUUUGACUUUGGCGGGUGCAGAAGCACUUCUCUUAGCAUCCAUGGCCUAUGACCGUUAUGUGGCCAUCUGCUUUCCUCUACACUAUCAUAGUCAUAUGACAAAAAGUGUGUGUGUGCUGAUGAUUACAUGGUCUUGGAUGAUGGGGUCUAUCAACUCCUGUGCCCACACUGCAUAUGCUCUUCAUAUCCCCUAUUGCCGAUCUAGGGCCAUUGAUCAUUUCUUCUGUGAUCUCCCUGCCAUGGUGACUCUGGCUUGCAUGGACACCUGGGUCUAUGAGUACACAGUAUUUGUAAGCACCACCUUGUUCCUUGUGUUUCCUUUCAUUGGCAUUGCUUGCUCCUAUGGCCGGGUUCUCCUUGCUGUGUACCGCAUGCCUGCAUCAGAAGGGAAGAAGAAGGCCUAUUCAACCUGCAGUACUCACAUCACUGUGGUAACUUUCUACUAUGCACCUUUUGCUUACACUUAUCUAUGCCCAAGAUCUUUUCGUUCUCCAACACAAGAAAAGAUUCUGGCUGUUUUCUACACUGUCCUAACGCCCAUGCUCAACCCCAUCAUUUAUAGCCUGAGGAACAAGGAAAUUAUGGGAGCCCUGAGAAGAGUUACUCAGAGAAUGUGCUCUGUGAAAGUGUAG